CAUUUUAUCCACUCCCGGCAAAAAUCAAGUGCAGCGAAGCUCCGUCGUGCUCGCCCAGCUCCGGCGAUGUCACUGUGCCUCCUCUCCGCCCGCUCCCUCUGCCCAACCGCCUCCUGCCGCCUCUCUCCCGCCGCCUCAGCUCCUCCCUCCCCGCCGCCGCCGCCGCCCGCUCCGGCGACCCUCCGUCUGAGCCCGGCCUCGACCUCGCCGGCCUGCGCGCUCCAGUGCUCUCACUUCCAAUCGUGCUCGGGGUGUACUCACGAGCUGAACCUCCACCGUCCGAGCGUCGUCGACGAUGCCGCUGAUUUCUUCAAGAGCUUAGGCGUCUCGGAUUUCACUUUCGAUAGUUGCAAGCUUUGGGGGUGGAGAUGCCGUGCAAAGUUGGCGGUUCGUGGCUCAUCGGUGGAUCCUCUCAUUGGACUCUAUCAGGAGGGCACGCAUAGUGUGGUGGACAUCCCUAAUUGCAAAGCUCAUCAUCCGAACAUUAAUGCUGCCAUGGAACUGUUGAAGCAAGGAAUCAAAGAGUUAGGUAUAGAACCACACGAUGAGGAUCAAGGGACAGGUGAUCUGCGCUACGUGCAGAUGGCUGUGACGACAUACAAUACAUCUAUUCCCGCCUCAGAAAGAUACCAACAUGGUCAGGUUCAGGUUGCUCUAGUUUGGAAUUCUCGAAAUGAAAAUUCACCCAAUUCAGAUAAGCUGAAUGCCUUGGCUCAUUUUUUAUGGCGAAAUGGUGGGUCAAAAUGCAAAGUACCAUUCAUACACUCUGUGUGGGCCAAUUUUCAGACGUCAACUAGCAACGUAAUCUUUGGGAAUAGGUGGAGACAUCUUCUGGGAGAUAGGGACUUCUGGGAGCACCUUGGAGGCAUUGAUGUUUCGCUGGCUCCAUCCAGUUUUGGCCAAGCGAAUACGCGGGCUUUUAAUUCUUUGCUCCGGAAGUUACAGAAGUAUGUUCCUUAUGGUGCAUCAGUUACUGACUUAUAUGCAGGAUCUGGCGUCAUUGGCUUAUCCUUGGCUGCUACAAGAAAAUGCAGGUCUGUAAGAUGUGUAGAAAUUAACAAAGAAUCCAAGUUGUCUUUUGAAAAGACAGUUGAACGCCUGCCCAAAUAUGUGGAUAGCAGCAUCAGUUGGCAUCAAGCUGACACUUCAGUUGAGCCUACUUCUUGGCUUGUGGGAUCAGAUGUGAUUGUUGUUGAUCCUCCUAGAAAAGGACUUGAAGCAUCUCUUGUGGGAGCACUGCAGACUCUUCCAGCAUGGGAACUGAAAACUAGAUCAUCACCUGAAAGUUUUAAGACAAAAGAAGAGAAGAGACCAUGGGUACUUCGUGCUAGGGAAGCUUCUGUUCAAGUUGGAAAUGAUUUAAGUCAAGAGAACCGUCACUCAGUGCCUCAAACUCUUAUCUACAUAAGCUGUGGCUGGGAAAGCUUUAAGGAGGACUGUAAGUCAUUGCUGUCUAGCAAGGCCUGGCAUUUGGAGAAAGCCCAUGGAUUUAACUUUUUUCCUGGCACACAAAGCAUUGAAGUUUUGGCGGUGUUCAAAAGAAGGGAAAAUAUGCACAUCAAGAAAAAGAAGGCGGGAAAGAAAAAGAAGAAAUCACCUGCGAAGAAGCAAAAGGCAUUGAUGCACCAAGAAGUCAUGACCUAACGCAUACUCUACCCCCAUCCCGUCUAGUUUUACAAAGAGAAGACGGGAAAAAUUUUGUUCGCUCUCUACUCCAUUCUUCUAGGCCAGAAGCAUUUUGCUUUGAGCUGAUUAACUACUGGAGAGACUAGUUGCACAUAAACUGUAGCAUCGUGAGUCCUUGUUAUGUAUCUUCUUAACUUCUUGUAUACGGAAAUGCUUGCAUAUUAAAGGGUGUCCUGUCGGCAUUUGCUUAUAUUAAUAGUUUGUACCUCCUUUUCAA